AUGAGGAGCAGGAGAGGAGAUAGCAAGGUCAUGGAGGGAGAAAAGAAGGUAAAGUGUGAUGAUGAGAACACAGGUAACUUUGCAGCAGUCACAGAGGCGAGGAACAUGGACGUCGGGGCUCGAGGCGGCGGUCAGGGCGGAGAGGCGGAGAACUGGACCACCCCGGGCCAGGGAAACCCACCUUUUCGGCCCCCCGCCCAGUGCCCCCCCUCCCAGUGCCUCCCCUGCCCAUCCAGCAACCCCUGCCGGGCACCUUUACCACCUAAAACCUCCCACAAGGCGUCCUUUACGUCCAGCAACACGCCCUCCCUACCCAUCAAAACACCCCACCCACCCACCAACACACCCCACCCGCCCAUCAACACACCCUCCCCACCCGCCAACACCCCCCAAACACCCAUACCUACAACGGAUCUCACUCCCACACCCGCGGCUCCUCACGGGGACGGGUGGUUCAGGUUCCCGGCGCCUCUUGCUGGUGGCCGCGACGGGGCGGCGGGGGACGGGAGCAGCAACACGUGUAGGAGCCCCCUGUUCCGGCCCCUGCCCCCUCCCCUCCGCCACACCCCUCGGACCCGCCACGCCAUCCCUUCACCCUGCCACCGACAAGCGCUCUAUAAUAUUGCCCGUAUCCACGGGAUUGCUCCGCCUGCAGCACCUCUGCGCCAGGCUGCCACACCCACGCCCACACCCCCGCCGCCUGCAGCCCCUCAGCGCCAGGCUGCCACACCCCCGCCGCCUGCAGCCCCUCAGCACCAGGCUGCCACCCCUCCGUCCCCGGCAGCCCCUCAGCGCCAGGCUGCCACACCCCCGCCGCCUGCAGCCCCUCAGCGCCAGGCUGCCACACGCCCCCCGCCUGCAGCCCUUCAGCGCCAGGCUGCCACACCCACGCCGCCUGCAGCCCCUCAGCGCCAGGCUGCCACACCCCCGCCCCCGGCAGCCCCUCAGCGUCAGGCUGCCACACCCCCACCCCCGGCAGCCCCUCAGUGUCAGGCUGCUGCCCCCACGCCUACACCUCCGCCCACACCCACACCAUCGGCAGCCCAUCAGCGCCCACCACCAGGACACAGCAGGCCACGCUCACCCCCACCCGUCCUCAUCCCUGGGGGCAGGGUUCACCCCCAGCACCAGGAAUUCAUAUUAAAACGCGCCCCCACAUAUCUGGCCAUUCCCCUGGGGGAGGCGCCCCCGCCCGCCCCGAAGAUGGAGGUGAUCGCCGGGAGGGUGUGGUGGCUCUUGACGCCGCACCGCCUCCGGGAGACGCGGGAGGCGGCGAUGCCGUGGCUGAUGACCAACGAGAAGAAGGGCUACGUGGUGAUGUGA